UUCCUGUUGUGGGUGCUGAGUACGGUAGCUGUUCCCUAUUUAAGUUUCAACCGCUCUGUCUUCGCUCCAACAACUGCUAAGCGAGAUGCAUGUGUCCGUGCAGUUACUGUUGCUACUGUUGGGCUUGUUGGCUGCAGCGAGGGGCGAUUCGCCAACCCCGCGUUUUAACGUGAGCCUGGACGUGACGCCCAGCCAGCGCUGGGAGCCGGUGCUCCGAAAAUACGACGCUGCCCAGCUGAGGAAUUACAUGCAACAAGUCGUCCGCUCUGUUGUUCCAAAAUGGGUGAUUAAUGUUGUUAACCAACUAGCACCCAUACUGAAGUAUUUAUUACCGGAGCCCUAUCGAGGAGAAAUUGAAGGAAUCAGUAAAUUCCUUGGUGUAAACCUUGGAGAAGGACUUCUUAUCAAUCUUGCCUAUGAAGCUUCUGGAUAUUGCACCAGUAUUGUCGCACAAGACUCAAGAGGAAAGAUUUACCACGGUAGAAAUAUGGACUACGCAUUUACUGAUAUUUUAAGGUCUACCACAGUUGAUGUACAAUUUGUAUGCAGCGGUCAGAUUGUUUACACAGGGACAACAUUCCUUGGUUUUGUAGGUUUAUGGACUGGGCAAAAACCAAAUAAGUUUUCCAUUACUGGAAAUGCAAGAGCUAAAGGUGCGCGGUGGAAAGAUGUAAUUGCCACUUUUUUGAAGAGAAAUCGUUCUCCCAGCUGGGUGAUUAGAGAUGCUCUUACAGAAGCUGUGGACUUUCAUGCUGCAUUGAAGAGGUUGUCCUAUACUCCCAUCACUGCAAAUGUGUACUUCAUAUUAGGUGGAGUCAAGCCGAAUGAAGGUGUCAUUAUAACAAGAAAACUUGAAGGGCCUGUUGACAUCUGGCCUUUGAAGUCUACUAAAGGGCAAUGGUACAGGGUAGAGACGAACUACGAUCAUUGGAAACCUCCACCUCCAUCGGAUGACAGAAGGACACCAACCAUUCGUGCUCUAAAUGCUACAACGCAGAAGAACAUCAAUCUAAAUACACUGUUCAAGGUUCUUUCAAUCCAUCCAGUGUUAAAUAAGAAGACAGUCUAUACAACUUUAAUGUGUGCUGCACAGCCUAAGGACUACAAGACAAUGAUUCGGAAGGGAUCUAAACAGAAUAAUUGGAAUUUUGCUGAAAUCAAUGAACAAAAAGGAGGCUAUGCUGCUGUCCUGAAUUAGAACAAAAGACCAUCGAGGAAUAUCAAGAUGCUCUUUGUCAAAAAGUCUGCUUAAUGUGGAUUUUCUUUGAAUAAUGUUGCUUUUGCAUUCCACAUUCAUGCCUUUGGGAUUACCCUGCUCAGUGCCAAAUGUUUAACAAGGCUUGUCAUUUGGAAAUCAGCUCAUCCACUUAUUAAUUUUGUUAAGAAAUUUCUGCUCACUUUAUUUAUGUAAUCAAAGUAUUCUAAAAUGACAUGAUAUCUUUCUCUAAUUAACAGACGUUUACAGAUUUGGAAUUAAAAUAUGAAUACUGCCAGAUUAUUGACAGUAAUUCACAGAAUUACCAAAGCCAGAUCAGCUGGAAGAUGUGUUGUUUCUAUGCACAAUUUUAUUAAAUCUGAGCGUCUAAAGAAUGUUUAGUAAAGAAUUCAGUUCCUGCAAUGUCCACAGUAAUAUUUAGGUGAUAACUUUUAGCUCAUUAAAUGCAAGCCAUAAAACUGCAAAGUUUGACAGAGAAGUGGCAGACACAUAAUAGCAAACAAAAUGUCUCUUUUUCUAAAAUAUCUAUCUUUUUUUCUAGAAAAGUUUGACUAUCCAUCAUGUGCUAACCUGGGCAGGUGCCAGUUGAUCAAGGCUUGUUCCAGCCAGUCCCUUGCCAAUUUUCGGCUGUUCCUUAAGCUCCAUGGAUUCAGACACACAUUUGGGAGUGUCCUGUCUUCAACACCUCACUCCCUCAGUGUUAUUCCUUCACUGGCUUGGUUGCUUCCUUGGCACUGCCUAGUGUUGGCUCAGGCAAUCCCUCUAAUCUAUCCAACAGCCCAAAGCUGGCUGAAUAACUGGUUACUGGAGUUUGACUGCAUUACAGAACAAAUGUUCCAUAGCACUACUGGGAUAUGAACGUGCUGAACAUGAUCUGCUGGCAGACAUAGGCUUAUCACACAAACCAGUCAGAAGUCUUUCAGCCUAGCUGAACCAUAUGAUUUGUGAUCCAAGGGCCACUUUCAAGUGGUAGUUUAUACUUUGGUAGUGCAUUUGUAACUGUUGAUGUGGUCAAGAAUGUGGUCAACUAGACAAAAGGAUCAUGAACGUGCCUAUGCACAAUAUUGGCACUUGAAACUCAUGUAAGGUGAGAAGCUUUAACCUGCUGUUGCCUGAACAAAUCAUGGUUUCCUGUCUCUGGUCAAUUUGAUUCAGAUGCCAAUGAUUGUAGUGAACAGCAAAAGCUUUUCUCGAUGACAGCUUCAUAGUUGUAAAGGCAAAGGACUGGAACAUCAGAAUUAUUCAUUUCUUAGCCAUCCUGUUCAAGGGCCAUGGUAUUUGCUUAAAAUAUGAAUAUCCAAGAUUGUGAUAUUCUCAACCCAGCCAGUAGCUAUUCCCAAUUUCCUACAUGGGAGCUGAAUGACAGAACAAAGGCAAAACCACCUGCUCACUGCAUCAGGAGCCAUUUGACCAAUUGUAGUACAGGUGUCCCCCGCUUUUCGAACGUUCGCUUUACGAAAUCUCACUGUUACGAGAGACCUACAUUAGUACCCUGUUUUUACUUUCAGAAGGUGUUUUCACUGUUAUGAAGAAAGGCUGCGCGCACCCCGAGCAGCCGCUCGCCCCCGGACUUGGAACGGCAUUGCUUAAACACGUUGCAUUGAGCAGCCAUUAGUAAGAUGAGUUCUGAGGUGUUAGAAAAGCCUGAAAGAGUAAGGGUGUUACACUUAGCGUAAAACUAGACAUAAUUAAGCGUUUCGAUCGUGGUGAACGAAGCAAGGACAAAGUGAGUUUGGCUUGUGGAAGUUGACGAGGAUGAUAUUGAAGAGGUUUUGGCAUCCCAUGACCAAGAACUGAUAGAUGAAGAGCUGAUGCAAUUGGAAAAGGAAAGGAUAACAAUCGAAACCGAAUGCAGAAAGUGAAGCAACUGCGUGAGAUUUUUUGCUGCAAUGAUAAAGUACAACUUUAAUUUUGAAAGAGUACGUAGGUUUAGGGGAUAUUUGCAGGAUGGUUUGAGUGCUUACAAACAACUGUAUGAUAGAAAAAUGCGCGAGGCUCAGCAGUCAGGCAAGCCUUCCACAGCCGACGACGAACCUCGACCUUCGACAUCGAGGCGGGCAGUCAUAGGAGAAGAUGAGCUGCCUGCCCCGAUCGAUGAUGAGAUGACACCCCCGUGUCCCACCAACCCAACACCCGGGCCCCAGACAGAUACUGUACUGAUUCGCAGAGAAUGCAGCAGUAGCCGGGAGGCACACAGCACAUCUUUAAGAAAAAAGCCGAAAUAAACAUGCUAAUUAUUAGGUGCCGCCUAGCACGUAAUUGUCAACCCAGAACAGAGGCGAUGCAAUCGGCUUAUGAACCAUUUCAUAGGAACGCUCUACCUUUGGAUGGCGGGAGAAACCUGUACUGAAGAAGGCUAGGAUCAAUAGGGGUUAAAGAACAAAUGGGAGGCAUUGGGUACACUGGAAGAUGAAUAUUCACACAGUAUUUUACUCUGUGAUGAAGUAACCUGUGACGCAACUAGACUCACAGUUGAAUGUUGGCUGACAAAACAAUAAUUUGGGCAAUCUACGAAAAAGACACAAGCACACUCAGGGAAUUCAUCUGUCAGUUGUAAAGGGAAGAUUUAACCACUCCUUGCUAAGGGAGGGUUUGAAUCUCUUCACCUUCUCUAUUGACAGUAAUAUUUUGUUGGUAUAUGGAAGUUGUCAGGCCUCACUCAAUUUUCCAGGUUCAUGUUUUCUCUGGAGCAUCAGAGGCUGAGGGGCCAUCUGAUAGAGGUUUACAAGAUUAUGUGAGGCAUAGAUAGAGUGGACAGAGAGUGUCUAUUUCCCAGGGUUGAAAUGUCUUAUACCAGAGGGCAUGCAUUGAAGGUGAGAGGGGGUAGGUUUUUUUACUCAAAAGUUUUGGAUGCCUGGAAUGCGCUGCCUGGUAUGGUGGUAGGGGUAAACAAUUAGACGUUUUUAAGAGAUGUUUGGAUAGGCACAUAGAUGUAAGGAAGAUGGAGGGAUAUGGACAUGGUGUAGUUAGGAGGGAUUAGUGUUUGGGUGUUUUUGAUUUGCUUUUUAGCUGGUUCGGCAUAUCGUUGUCUGAAUGGCCCAUUCCUGUGCUGUACUGUACUAUGUUUGUAGAGUAAUUAUCAUUAUAUCUGAAUAUGCCGUAAUUAGCACUUUCCAGUAUGAGUAACCCUAUUGUCAGCCAAUAGUCAACAGUGUCCAUGUCUAGUGAUAGAUUUCUUAUAUAAAAGUCAUACACAGUUCUUUGCAAGUUUUGCAUAUGUACAUUGAUUCAUGUGAAAUAGCAAAGAUAGGGUUAAAGGAACAUCUAAAAAAGGCAGAGAUAUAGCAAGAUGAAUGAAAUUUUGAAUUCAAUUUCGGGACUUCCUGAAGAAUUUAAAAGGGACGAUAAAGGCACUAAAUAAAAAGACAAGGGUUUCAGCAGAAGCUGAGCUGAGAAAGGGCUCUUACAGCUGUAGAAAUCAAUUCCAAUAUGAAAUACUAAUUAUCUGAAUAAUUUUAAAAAACAUUUUUGGAAGAUUAAAAAAAAAGUCUAAAAAGAUUAAACACAAGAAACAAUCUGCAGUGUUGUAAUAGCCAGUCAUUAGACCCAGACUCCCUCUUGGCAAUGAGGAAUUAUAGCACUGAUAUUAUCAUGUUUCAUUUUCUUUUCUGUCAUAAUCAUAUGUCUGAUUUUACUGAUGGUGCAUAAAUAAAUCUCACUUUUCU